ACACGCCGCGAGCGGCAGGGGAGGAGAGCGGGCUGCGGCGCCCCGGCCGCGCUGCGCCUGCCUCAGACCGCACGGCCCGAGAAACACCACGAAAACCCAGGCCGUGGUCGUCGGCCCCAGCCCCGCGCCGGGGUGGACAAGGUGGACUCGGCCUCCAGCGGAGCGAGAACCGCGGCGUCAUCCCCCCGCCCGGAGUUGGAUCCCGCCGCGACUUCCGGUGAGACUUCCGGUCCGCCUCCCGAGGCAGGAAGUGCGGGUGCCGCUGCUCUAGCGCUGCACCCUAGCCGCAGCCCCGGGUUCUUCGCCUCGUUCGUCUCGAGCAGGCAGUCCGGCUUCUGGUGCUGGUGUCCGGCAGCGGAUUAAACCGCCACCAUGUCUAGCAAAAAGGCAAAGACCAAGACCAAGAAGCGCCCCCAGCGUGCAACCUCCAACGUGUUCGCCAUGUUUGACCAGUCACAGAUUCAGGAGUUUAAGGAGGCCUUCAACAUGAUCGAUCAGAAUAGAGAUGGUUUCAUCGACAAGGAAGACUUGCAUGAUAUGCUUGCUUCUCUAGGGAAGAAUCCAACUGACGCGUACCUUGAAGCCAUGAUGAAUGAGGCUCCAGGGCCCAUAAACUUCACCAUGUUCCUCACCAUGUUUGGGGAGAAGCUGAAUGGCACAGACCCAGAAGAUGUCAUCAGAAAUGCUUUUGCUUGCUUUGAUGAAGAAGCAACUGGCACCAUUCAGGAGGAUUACCUGCGAGAGCUGCUGACCACGAUGGGAGAUCGGUUUACGGAUGAGGAAGUGGACGAGCUGUACAGAGAAGCACCUAUUGACAAAAAGGGGAAUUUCAAUUACAUUGAGUUCACGCGCAUCCUUAAACAUGGAGCAAAAGACAAAGAUGAUUGAAAAGAACUUGAGCUAAAACUUUCCAAUUACUUUGUCUUACUCUGUUUUAUUUCCCAGUCACUUCCCCCCUCAUAGACCUGUUGCAUGCAACUUAGUUUCACAGCUUUGCCUCUUUUUCGGUGUAUUUAUUCUAGACCUUUCUGCCACUUAGCACUUGUAUAAUCAGACUGCAAAUGGGGAUGAGGUUGUAAAUUGUAUUGAGAAAAGGGAUUGCGAAUAAAAAUCAACAAAUGUGAAAGCCCAGGAAAAUAUAUCCGGUAUUUCUGGUUUUGCUGGAUUUUUACAUUUUUAUAUAAUAAAAAUGCUAUUUUGAAAUAAAGAUUAUGCUGACUCAAAUGUAAUAUAAUGGAAAGUUAAAUAACUGGUAGUUGGGGGCAGUCCUUCUUUUAGAUUUUCAAGUUCGUAUAAUUCAGAUUCCAUAGUAAAACUGAUUGUUCACAUGUAUGGGACAGUGUUCUUCACUAUAAGUUAACAUCAUUAUACAGUAAAAACUAGUUAUACCUUA